UGACACCUGCAUAGUAGGCAAUCCAGUCUAGCCCAGAGUGAGUAAACCUUACACACCUGAAAAACUGAUCAGAGGGAAGAGGCACAACGAUCUGUUCAUACUUGGCAAACAGGUGAAUUAAUCUCCAUGUCAGAAUGCUUUCCUACAUGCGGAAGAAGCUAAAUCUUCACUUGAAGCGUCGCAGGUCACGGCUGGUGUCCAAAGAUGGAAGAUGCAACAUUGAAUUUGGCAAUGUGGAAGAGCAAUCCAGAAUAGCCUUUCUGGCGGACAUCUGGACCACUAUUCUGGACUUAAGAUGGAGGUACAAGAUGACCAUUUUUAUUUCGGCAUUUCUAGGGAGCUGGUUUCUUUUUGGUUUGCUUUGGUAUGCUGUUGCCUACUUACACAAGGACCUUCCAGAAUUCAAUCCUCCAAAAAACUUUACCCCUUGCGUUGAAAAUAUUAAUGGUAUGACCUCAGCCUUUCUCUUUUCUCUGGAAACACAAGUGACCAUUGGAUAUGGGUUCCGUUGUGUGACUGAGCAGUGUGGCACAGCCAUUUUCUUACUGGUCAUUCAGUCCAUCUUGGGAGUGAUAAUUAACUCAUUUAUGUGUGGUGCCAUCCUAGCCAAGAUCUCUAGACCGAAAAAAAGAGCAAAAACCAUAACCUUUAGCAAAAAUGCCGUCAUUAGCAAGCGAGGUGGGAAACUUUGCCUUCUUAUACGAGUUGCAAAUUUAAGGAAAAGCUUGCUGAUAGGAGGUCACAUUUAUGGAAAAUUGCUGAAAACCACCAUUACACCUGAGGGAGAGACCAUUAUCUUAGAUCAAGUAAACAUUGAUUUCACAGUGGAUGCCGGAAAUGAGAACCUCUUUUUCGUAUCACCAAUGACAAUCUACCAUGUUAUUGAUAAAAGCAGCCCAUUCUAUGAGAUGUCAGCUGAGACUCUUCUACAGCAUGACUUUGAAUUGGUAGUUUUUCUAGACGGAACAGUAGAAGCAACAAGUGCUACCUGUCAAGUGCGCACAUCUUACACCCCCGAGGAGGUUCUCUGGGGGUUUCGCUUUGCUCCAAUUGUGUCUAAAACCAAAGAAGGCAAAUACCGCGUAGACUUUAGUAACUUUGGAAAGACUGUGGAGGUGGAAACACCUCACUGUGGUUUUUGUCUGCACAAUAAGAAGGAUGCCAAAGCCAAGCUGGACCAAGGCUAUGAUAAUCUAGCCUUUGUGUUGGAAAUUCCAGAGGCCCCCAAAAGCAAUGAAACAAAAAUGUAAACAAGAAUAAAAACUUUUUUUUUUAUUCAUAAAAUAUCCAAGAGAUCAUUCUAAGUCCACAAGGACUGUAAAAUGUCAAUUCUCUGUGAGAAAAUACAUAUGUAUAUGGUCUAUAUGAUGUUGCUUUGUCAAAAAUCUUGUUUUUUAACUUUUGGGUAUACAGAAACUGGGUGAAAACUAAAGUGGAACCAUUUGGUAUUGGUAUUAAGAAUUUACAACAUGGAAGGAGGUUGUAAAAGAUGGUUACAGUCAACGUCCUAGGACAUAACAAUCUGAUAUGAUUACAUGCAAAGAGCCUUAACAAGAUAAGUUUGUAAAGUAAUCCAGUUUGAAAAAAGAAUAGCAGAAAGGAAGGUGGAAGGUAGGGAUGCAACUGCCUCCAGAAGAGAUGGGAAAGAUAUCAUGCCACCGUGAGAAUAGAUGGGGGCAGGUUGGGACUGCAGUAAUCCAGUGUUUGAAAGCAGCAGGGGAUUCAAGGGGUUUUGGAAGAAGGAUAGCAGUGGGAGGUGGGGAGAUGGGGGAGGGGGU